GCAAGUAUAUAACUCUCUGGCUGAACCAAGAGCUAGCAGAGUGGAAACAGAAGCUAAAGAAAUAGUUCAAACACAGAGCAUCCAGACACAGUACAAUGGCAGGAGGAGGUGAUGAGCUGAAGCUGCUGGGCAUGUGGGCGAGCCCGUUCGUCCUCCGUGUGAAGCUCGCGCUCAGUUUCAAGGGCCUGAGCUACGAGUAUGUCGAGGAGGACCUCCGCAACAAGAGCGACCUCCUGCUUAGCUCAAACCCAGUGCACAAGAAGGUGCCCGUCCUUAUCCACAACGGCAAGCCGGUCUGUGAGUCCCAGAUCAUCGUGCAGUACCUCGACGAAGUCUACAGCGCUGCAGGCCCUUCCUUCCUCCCCGUCGACCCUUACGAACGCGCCAUGGCGCGCUUCUGGGCCUCCUUUAUUGACGAAAAGUUCUUGGCGUCGUGGAUAAAGGCAGGCAGGGGCAAGACAGACGAGGAGAAGGCAGAAGGGUUGAAACUGACGUUCGCGGCCAUAGAAACCUUGGAAGGGGCGUUCAAGGAGUGCUCCAAGGGAAAGCCCUUCUUCGGAGGCGACAGCGUCGGCUACCUGGACAUCGCGCUCGGCGCCCUGGUAGCGUGGAUGCACACCGCCGAGGUGCGUCAUGGUCUCAGGCUCUUCGAUGCCUCCAGAAGCCCGCUGCUGGAGAAGUGGGUGGAGCGCUUCGGCAAGCUGGAUGAGGUCGUGGCGGUCCUGCCGGACAUUGACCGGCUAGUGGAGCACGCCAAGGUCAGGGAGGCUGAGGUUGCAGCAGCUGCUGCCGGAAACUGAACGGGACGCGUCUCUCGGUAGUGAGGCGGUCCAUAGGGUGAAGAAAUAUUUUGAUAUCUGUGUGACAAGGGAAAAUCAAAUACUAGACCGUAGGAGUUUGUACUGCCUCUACGUACGUUUUGUUUACCACUUCCUAAGUAAGGGAAAUUUUCACACACACA